AGCGAAACCAGAUCACAUUUACAAGUUGCUACUACUACAUAGUAGUAGAUCAACUAUCGUGAUGGCGGGCACAAAGUUUGCAUACGUACGCAAUUUUGAGCUCCCUGAUCCACUGUUACCAGAUACCUAUCUGGUCUGUCGUCUCGAUGGACACUCUUUCCACCGGUUCUCGGAUGAGCAUGGCUUCGCCAAGCCCAACGACGAGCGUGCGCUCCAACUCAUGGAUCACGCCGCAAAGAGCGCAAUGAUCGAGUUCAAAGACAUCAUGCUCGCAUUCGGGGAAUCCGACGAAUUCAGCUUUCUCUUCCGAAAGUCGACGAAUCUUUAUAACCGACGACACUCGAAGAUACUCACCACGUUGACGUCUUACUUCACUUCGUGCUAUGUGCUCUAUUGGUCGCAGUAUUUCCCAGACACGCCACUACGAUAUCCACCGUCAUUCGAUGGACGUAUUAUCGUGUAUCCGACUGAGCGUGCUAUCCGUGACUACUUUUCAUGGCGACAAGCUGACACCCAUAUAAACAAUCUAUACAAUACCACCUUUUGGGCUCUCAUACAGAAAGGAGGUCAGACUACUACGGAGGCUCAUGCCACACUUAGAGGCACCGUUUCCGCGACUAAGCACGAGAUGCUUUUUUCCCGGUUUGGUAUCAACUAUAAUGAAAUAUCACAGAGGUUUAAGAAAGGCAGCGUUAUAGUUCGAGAAAUCGUAGCCCCUGAGUCAUCGGACAAGGGUGAAAAUUUAGAACCCUCAAUGCAUUUGACUCGCUCGGAGGUCAAUAAAACACGCGAAGAGAGCCCCGAACGCUCAGGAGUGCCUGAUCCGCCGACAAGCAUACCUCCGCAUUCACCAUCUACGGACCAAUGUGAGACGCCACCGUUCGACCCUCUGCGUCAAAAACGCUUCAAGUCGAAGAAGAAAAACAAACUGGAAACUACAGUAGAGGUACUGCACUGCGAUAUCAUUGGCGAUGAGUUUUGGCUGGCCCGUCCACAUUUGCUGGAAAAUUGAUACAGCAUCUGCAAGACUCGGAGACGUGUCACUGUCAUUGUCAACGUUGGAGCCGUUAAGAAAGUAGCGGCAAUGACAGAAGUUACUGUGCAGCUGCCUCGAGAAACAUGGAUUGUGAUGGAGUAGGACUCUCAUCGAAAUAUCCGAGUGCUGUGGCAUGAAGGAGUGGACAUGGGGUUCAGGUCCAUCACAUACUUAUGCAUGCAUCGCAGGUCUAUGACUCUCAGUUAAAUUAAAUUAAAUGUAGACUCGUCAAACAAUCUGUUACAACAUGUUGUCCGCUUUCAAUCCAUCGUGCAUUUAAAGUACCUACC